ACGGUACAGUCAUUACAGUGCAUUGGCGCUUGAAGAAUGAUCAGGAGGAACUAUAAAAAACUAUACCCUGUUCCGGCAUCGGACGCAGUAUCAACGUUCGUGAUCCAGCUGCAAGUGGUCUGCUAAGUAGUCUGCGCAAUGGUUGCUGCCAUAAUUAAAUGCGUUGCCAUUGGCCUAUUUGUGAUUGGGAGCAUUCACGCGAAACCAGGCGACGUUAUUCCAAACCAUCCCAAUUGCUCAGAAUCGACAGAAUGGAUUCCGACUUAUUUUGUGCAUCCUACGAACUGUAGCCGAUUCUACGAGUGUCGCCAAACGGACGCGUGGGAAUUCGAGUGUUCUGCGGGGCUGCACUUUAACAGCAAGAUCAAUGUGUGCGAUUUUCCAGCCAAUGCACAGUGUGUACCGCAGCUUCCAGGACAGUCCACAACGACAACAACUUCUCCUACGACGGUUACAUCUAAUACAACCAAUCAUCCUCCCGCAACAACAGAGUCUCCGACAACCAGUCCUCUUCCGGUAACAACAGAGACCCCUGCGACCAGUCCUUCUCCGGUAACAACAGAGACACCUCCUGCUCCAAUAACAACGACGACAAGUUCUACUUCUACCUUGCCACCAUCUACCGAAACAACGCAAGUUUGGCCUGAAGUCACAACAGAGACGCCAGAUCCACGAUGCCCACCACUUGGUGCCACUCAGCCAAGCUAUUGGGCAGACAGAAGCGAUUGCACCAAGUAUAUAGGCUGCUUGGAAGGUUGCAAGGAGAAGUUCACCUGCCCACAGGGUUUGUACUGGAACGAUUCACUGAAACGCUGUGAUUCCGCGUCCAUCAAACAAUGUCCCUGUCCGGUCAUUCCUCCAGCACCGAAUGAUUGGGACUCCGUCGCAACUACCACUAUGCUAUAAAUAAGUAGUUUGUUUCAUCAAAUAGUAGACCUUCGUAGGUGGUUAUAGCUAGUUAUAAUAUUGUACUAAUUUAAAAUGUUAUUAAUAGUAGAACAUUUAAACAUUUAUUAAAACAAACGAAAGUUAUUUCUUGCUAAGAUAUUUCUCGUUUGAUAAAACAGUUCACACUUGAACCAAUCAACAAAGGGGUAAAAGUUCGAUUGCAGAAAGGCUAAAAAUAAACCGGGAUAAGGAAUUAUGUUCCUGUUUAUGGUAAGAUGAUUUUUUUUGUCAUGAAGAAAAAAAGAAGAGAAGACCACAAAUUAUCUAUUACUGAUGUAGACCACUCGGUCGCCUCAUAUCUCUCGAGUAUCAGGGUACUUAGCGGGGCAGGG